AACAAAUACCAGGACUCCAAAGGACAAAGAAAUUAGAGGAAAAGAAGAAGCACCACCAAUGGGCAGUUAAAAUUAUGAAGUUGAUGAUUGGGAAAGAAAAAAGUUACAAAUUCUAUGAAAAUACCGGGGAGAAGCCUGAAGAUAAGGACCUCUAUGAUCAAGGCCUCUAUAAACAAAUUGGAAAACCUCCUCCAGCACCCCCUCCAACAGAUAUUAAUUUAGAAAAAGCAAAAGAACCUAGUAACAUUGCACAGAUCAAGCAACCAGCAACCUCAAGCACAGAUAACAAAAAGAAAGAUGAUAUCAAAUCUGUUCUAAAUACAGAGGUGUCGAAGACCAAGGCGACACCCCUAUUAGUGGCAUCAAAGAUGGGUAUCGUAGAGAUGGUGACGGAGAUCCUUAAAAAGUUCCCAAUAGCCAUUCAAGAUACGGAUUCUGAUGAGAAGAAUAUCUUGCUUUUGGCUGUAGAGCAUAGGCAAACAGCCGUCUAUAACUGGUUAAUAGGACAAAAGUAUCCAGAGUGUGUGUUUUAUCAUGUGGACAAACAAGAAAACAAUGCAGUACACUUAGCUGCAUCGUUUCAGAAGCACGACUUGUGGCGCAUCCCUGGUACUGCGUUACAGUUGCAAGGCGAAAGGAAGUGGUACAAGUAUGUGAAGCACACUUUGCCAAAGCAAUCAUAUGUCCGUUAUAAUAAAAAAGGUCAGACACCAAGAGAGAUCUUCAGAGAGACGCAUGCAAUGUUACUCAAAGAAGGCACUGAGUGGCUUGUCACAACCUCAAAUUCGUUCUCUGUCGUUGCGGCACUGAUUGCUACAGUUGCAUUUGCUACAGCUUCUGCAGUCCCAGGCGGAGCCGAUGAUUAUGGCCGUCCAUACCUUGAAAGUCAACCUGCUUUUUCAGUAUUUUCUAUCUCAUCACUUGUUUCUCUUUGCUUCUCUGUCACGGCCCUGGUGUUUUUUCUAGCUAUCCUCACAUCUCGAUGCCAACACAGUGAUUUCGAGAAAGACUUGCCAAGAAAGUUGCUCCUAGGAUUAACUUCGCUUUUUGCAUCAAUAACUGCUAUCUUGGUCUCAUUCUGCGCUGCGCAUUUCUUUGUCCUCCAGGAUAAAUUAAGGAAAGCAGCAUUUCCAAUAUACGGGGUGACAUGCAUACCUGUGGUGUUUUUUGCAUUUAAUCAAUUCCCUCUCUAUGUUGAUCUCAUAAGGUCAUACGUCCAACAGCUACCACUUCGUAGCUACAAGGUGUUUUAUACCGAGUCCUCAGGCGCAAGUAGUUCAGAUCAGAAGAAAGAAGGUAAAGAGAAGGAUGAUUGAAACAGGUAGAGAUUAUGACAAGAGGUGUGCGUUGCAUGGUUUCCUACUUUAGUUUUCCAAAUAAGACUGGGUUGUUGUGUUUCAAAAAAUGUGGAACUCCAGGAAAGGUCUCCCUUCGCUGAGAGGAGGCGAGGUGGAGAUAUCAUUUUUCUGUAUUUCCUGAAUAAACUUGUACUCUCUUAAGAGAUGCAUGGUUUCAUAUACGUUGUUUCUGUACUAAAGCUAGUUAAAAAUGUUUUUUGAUCCCUUGAUUCAUAUGAACUUGAGGGAAUCUUUGGAAACUCACCAUGUCUAGAGAGCACAAAAAAUGUAUGUUCCUGUUUGUAAUCCUUAUUCGGAAGAAGAAAAAGCUCAGCUUUUCAAGGUUCAA